AUGUUGUUCAUCACCCCAGUUACCUUGGCUCUCUUGAUUGCUGCUCCAAGUGCUGCCGCUCAGGGUGCCUGCGCUACCGGCUCGCUUCACUGCUGCGCUAAUGUUGGCUCGUUAUCAAAUCCGGCCGUUGGAAGCGUAGAGUCCCUUUUGCAGGAUCUUAACAUCGGCAUUGGCCAUAUACCGCUGCCUAUGGGAGUCGGCUGCGCGUCGAUGGCCGCCACGACCUCGCCGUGCCCAAACACAGUCGCAUGCUGCCAAGGGAAAAUCUUCGAUAUCGUGUGCUUUGGUUGCACCGCAAUCUAA